AUGAUUCCAAACUUGUACAGUGAAGUGAGACAAGAAGUGAUGGCUGAAAUCCAGGAUGCAGAAGCAGUUAGCUUAACUACUGACGUUCACAAGGGGCUCAAAAAUGAAACUGUUUCCAAUUUGUUGAAAAAAGUAAGGCGGAUUGUAGGAUUCUUCCAUCGCAGCAGUACCGCAGCAGCACGGCUUGCUGCUACAGCCACAGCCCGCGGAAUGAAACCCCUCCGGCUCAUUCAAGAUGUCGACACACGAUGGAAUAGCACCUUUGACAUGUUAGAAAGAUUCGCUGGCCAGAGAACUGCUGUGGAUGCCACUAUGAAAUUGCGUAACCUGAAAAUCAAGGAACCCCCGCUUAAUGAAGAUGAUGGUGAGUUUAUAGAUCAGCUGAUUAAGCUCCUUGAGCCAUUCAAGACAGCCUCAACAGUUCUGUGUGUUGAGAAGUUUCCGACAGUCUCUCGUAUAUUCAACUACAAGAAGCUGCUGACUCUGCAUGUGACAGCGAAUGAUUUGGACAGUGAAACCAUCUCAAGAGUCAAGGCUGCCAUGCUCGAAAAUCUGCAAACACGGUACAAUGACGUAGAACCAUUUCUGGUAGAGUGCAGCCUUGUUGACCCAAGAUUCAGGGACAUCCAGUUCAUCACUGAUCAGAACAGAACUGAUGCUCUGGCAGCCAUCAAAAACAGAAUGUCUACCAUUGCUCUCCGGAUGGGAUUGAUGAGACAAACAGCUGUCACACAGGAGGCAGCUAAGGCCACAGCUGAUGACAGUGACCAGCCCCCUCAGUUGAACAUCCUGAAUGAUGAGGAGCAAUCUGAUGACAACAACAACUACAAGGAGCAAGAGCCAGCUAUUGUUGUUGAAGACACCCCAGAGGCAGAUAAUGACAAAACACCAGCAAGUGCUCUAGGACGUUUGUUUGAUGUGUUCAUCACUAAAGAAGAGUCUUCUGCUGCUGAUAAAGUUGAAUUAGAGCUGAACUGUUAUCUGAAAGAAUCAAGGGCGAAAAUGGAAGUGGAUCCAAUAGACUGGGGGGGGCAAGGUCUGACAAAUAUCUUAUUCUAG